CAGAAAUGAACGAGUCGUGGACAUCUCUGGUCUCCCUUCUGGGCAUCCUGGCCCUCUGCCAGAGCCGCAUCCAGGAGGUGAUCCCCACGGAGCUCCGGCUCGCCUUCCACAAUUUCCUCAAGCGGGCCCUCCGCUGCUUCUCCUCCAGCUGCCACUUCGACAUCGCCGAUACGGACGGCGUCAACACCAACGAGCUCUACAACGCCGUCCAGCUCUACCUCAGCUCCUUUGUCUCUGGCUCCGGCUCUGCCAGCCGCCUCUCCCUCACCCGCGCCCGCAACUCCAGCGCCACCACCUUCGGCCUCUCCAACAACGACUGCAUCGCCGACGUCUUUGACGGUGUUGCCGUCCAGUGGGAGCACGAGGUGACGCAGCGCCAGUCCCAGACACCCUCGUGGCGGACCCUCCCCUACGAGAAACGUAGCUUCAAGCUCCAGAUCAGGAAACGCAACAAGGACCUCAUCCUCAACUCCUACCUGGACUAUAUCAUGAGCAAGGCCAAUGACAUCCGCCGCAACAACCAAGAACGCCUCAUUUAUACUAAUCCACGCAACGAUUCCCCGGGCCGCCCUUGGGAAUCGGUGCCGUUCAAACACCCAAGCACCUUCGACACGUUGGCCAUGGACCCGGAGAAGAAGAGGGACAUCAUGGAGGACCUCCGCGACUUUGCGGCAGGGCAGGCCUUCUACCAGCGGACCGGCCGGGCCUGGAAGCGGGGCUACCUGCUCUACGGCCCACCUGGGACAGGGAAAUCCAGCAUGAUCGCCGCGAUGGCCAAUUUCCUCGGCUAUGACAUCUACGACCUCGAGCUGACCGAGGUGCCCUCCAACUCCGAGCUCCGGAAGCUCCUCAUGAAGACCAGCUCCAAGUCCAUCAUCGUCAUCGAGGACAUCGACUGCUCAGUCAAUCUUUCAAACAGGUUGAGGGCGCCCAAAGCCCCCGCGCCUCGGAGCUACUCGGACCCUGGUGCCCCUGACGCUGAGUCCGGCGGCAAGGAAGGAAACAACAACACGAUCACCCUAUCGGGACUGCUCAACUUCACGGACGGCCUGUGGUCGUGCUGCGGGAGCGAGAGGAUCUUUGUGUUCACCACCAACCACAUCGACAAGCUCGACCCGGCGUUGCUCCGGAGUGGCCGGAUGGACAUGCACAUCUACAUGAGCUACUGCUCUUACCCGGCGCUCGAGAUCCUGCUUCGGAACUACCUGGGUUGCGAGGCCAAGGACAUCGGCGAGGCGGCGGCGAGGGAGCUCCGAGAGGUGGUCGAGAAGGCCAAGAUGACGCCGGCUGACAUAAGCGAAGUCCUGAUCAAGAACAGAAGGAACAAGGAGAAAGCGGUGAGCGAACUGCUGGAGGUGUUGAAGGCGAGAGCAGAGAGGAAUGAGAAGUACGGAGGGUUGAGAGAGGAGUGCGAGCUGAACGAGGUCGAAGAAGAGGAGGAAGAGAAGAGGGCACUGGAGAGCCCCAAAGAAGGGAGCGACAGUGAGGACGAUUCUUGCAAGAAAGUGGAGGAUGAUGAAGAGAAGAAGGCAAAAUGAGAGGGAAAACUAAUUUGGCCUUUUCUUUUCAAACCCUCCAGAUUCGUGUCUUAUUAUAUGGAUUAAAGCUCGUAUGACUCAGCAAAAUUGUAAAAAAAAUAGGAAUUAAGCUCAUACGACAUAUUGAGUUUAUCCACUAUUGUGGUUCUGUGUUGUUUUGUUCAUUUGGAUGGCCGGCCACGUCCCAUCUCGUGUUAGGCGCGCCUUUUGGAGGUGCUGCAAUGUUCAUAAUGUGAUUUUGGGUGAAUUAUCUUGUUAAUAAAAGAA